AUGUCCGCCUCCACCAUCUUCGCCGCCAGGGCGAGAGGGUACCACCUUCUCACGAUCGACGGUUACUCCUGCACCAAGGAUCUCCCCACAGGAAAGUCCCUCCAAUCGCACCAGUUCACCGUCGGCGGCCAUCGUUGGCACAUCAAUUACUACCCCAACGGCGAAGAAUCAGAAUCUGCAGAUUACAUAUCUAUUUUCCUCUUUCUCGACGAGGAUGCCAACACAGAGGUGAAGGCUCAGCAUAGUUUCCGUCUCGUCGACAAGGUGGAGGAGCAAGCACCUUCUCUGACGUCGGUAGUUGCCAAGAACUUUGCAGGCAAGAGCGGCUGGGGGACUGCAAAGUUCAUCAAAAGGGAAGCCUUUGAGAAAUCCAAGUAUCUCAGCGCAGAUUCUUUCGCUAUCAGGUGUGACAUCGUAGUCAUCGAUGAGUUCCGCACCGAAAUGGCCAAGACCUCUGGUACAAAGUUUGUCACCGUGCCCCCAUCCGACCUGAACCAGCACCUCGGUGAUCUCCUCAACACCAAGAAGGGAGCCGAUGUAGUGUUUGAGGUCGGCGAUGAGAAGUUCCCUGCGCACCGGUGGCUGCUCGCGGCCCGAUCGCCAGUCUUCAGCGCGGAGCUUUUUGGCUCAAUGAAGGAGGGUGAUGCCGCGGGUGGCGUACACAUAACUGACAUGCAGCCACAAGUGUUCAAAGCUUUGCUUCGUUUCGUCUACACUGACUCGUUACCAGAGACCAAAACAGAAGAGGAUGAGGAAGAUGUCAUGUGCCAACAUCUGCUUGUCGCGGCAGAUAGGUAUAACAUGGAGAGGCUGAAGCUUAUCUGUGAGGAAAAAUUAUGCGAGUACAUUGAUGUAGGCAGCGUUGCUACCAUCCUGGCACUUGCUGAGCAGCACCAUUGUGUUGGGCUGAAGAAGGCAUGCUUUGAUUUUCUCAGCUGCCCAGCAAAUCGGAGCGCAGUCGUGGCCACUGAGGGCUUCCAGCAUGUCUAUAGGAGUUGUCCUUCUGUUGUGAUGGAGCUGAUUGCCAUGCCCUCGAGACCUUUAGCCCAGUGA